UGACCCUUCCCUGGAGCAGCCUGAGGCCGUUUCCUCUUGUCCCAUCGAUGCUCCAAGCUGUGGUUCUUCAAACCAGAGUGGUACCAGCCCACAGAGCUCCCAUCUUCCCUCACCAGUUCCACAGCAUCUCAAACCCAGGAGAGGAGACAGAAGAUCCCCUUGGCAGUGUUUUCCAGCUUAACCAAAUCCCUGAAGCUAUGAGGAAGUGCCCAGGUCUGAGUUCUCAAUCAGAACAGGCACCAGAAGCUUUCCAGGCCCAUGAUCUGCAAUCAGCCCUCCCAGGCAUGUGGAGCCCAUCCUGGUAUCAGCUGUGGGAAUCAGCUCAUGCAGAGGCUGCUCCAUCUCCUGCUGGCUCCCUCCAGCCCCACACCUGGGGAUGUGGAGCCACAGGAACAUCCAACAUCCAGACUGCUCCAGGCCUUCCAUCAUCCGCACCUCCGCAAGGAGAUCGCUCAGCUCGGCGCAUCUGAAAUCUCCGUGCUGACAGAUGGGAUCUGACAGGAGCGGCACAGCUGGCAGAGAGGAGACAUCCCUUCCCUUCCUGAAACCUCCCAAGGGCUCCAUAAUAACCCCAGUGCUUGGGAAGCUCUGUGGUUCCUGCAGGAAUCAUCUCCCGGGUGGAUCUGUUGGUUCCUCGGGGGAAGGAGGCAGAGGCUGUGCGUCAGCACAGCCAUUGCACAACCCCCUAGGCUGGGGAGAGCUGCUGGAUCCAGCUGAAAGAGGAAUUUGGGGUCAGCGGAAUAUUGCUGUCAGCACUGGGCCGUGGCCAGGUUGCCGUGGGGACACCUGUGCCUUUGGGGUUUGGGUCGUGCAGGGAAUCAGGGUGCUCUUUCACCCCAUCUCCUGGAGAAUUUUGGCGUUUCUGUGAUCCUCUCUUCCACCAGCCCUGCAUCCCCAACCACAUCUAAGGGAAGGGGGGAGGGCUGGGAGACACCAAGCGCCUCCAACAAGCCCAUGCAGCUCCUGGAUGAGCUCCACACGCAGCUCCUGCAGGUCUUUGGUGCUGGCAGCGGGGGACCUGCCCUGUGCAGCCCCAGUGGCCCCCAAGGGACAAUGCCAGUGUGGGGGUGACACGGCUGGAGCUGGGAAUUGCCCACAGAGCUGUGCUGUGCCCAGGGCACCUGGCUGAGCAGGGAGCAGCCAAAUUCCCAGCUCUAAAAUCAGGCCAAGAGCCCAACCCUGCUCGGGUUGGAGGGUAAAGGCUCCAAAGGCUGGGAGGUGUUCUGGAGUCCCAAGCCUUGGGAACGUGGUCAGGCAGGUUCUGGUGGAGCCAGGGAUGAAAUCCUGGGGGAAAACCUGCAGCCAGCCCGGUGAGCAGUGGGAAAGCCACCAGAGAGCCAGCUCGAGCAUGUGCCAUGCCUCGGACCUGUGGCAGGAGGGGACAGAACCAGGCAGGGGCUGGGAGCUCUGGGGAGAGAGCAAAUUGCACAGAAAGAAGGAGAAUUCAUCCCCAGAACCAACCUGUGCCGAAAAUACCCAGUGACUAAUUUUAUCCCUUUCUGAUUGCUUUUUAACUGCGAGUUAUUAAAAACGGGGAGAAGGGAGACGAUGUCCUGGUGGGAGGAUGAGUGAGCGUUGCCAUGGCAGUGAGGGGAUGCUGCAGCACAGCCCGGACCACGAGUCACGAGGGCAGAGGCGAGUGGACAGCCCGGGCAGCCAGGGAAGAGGGGCUGUGUCAUCCAGCCAAGUCCAGAGUCAGCAUUUAGCCUGGACGCCGCUCCCCUGCCCACCCCUGCUCUCCCACCUGCCUCUCUCCGCCUUCUCUCCCAGCCGGAUCGGGUUUCCCCCUCCCUGAGCUCACCCCUUUCCAUAGCCGCUUUUAUCAGGCUCAGAGCAAGGAAGAAGCCGGGAUUUGGGGGGGUUCAAGAGAUUAGGAAAGAAUUUGCCUCUGGGAAUCUCUUUCCUCCAUCUGCCCGGGAUAAACUGUGCAAUGGAGGUGGAGGCUUUGCAGCUCCACGGGGAACUGCUCCGAGCUAAACGUGUGGAGGCAAAAAAGCUGCCGGUCCCUCCCGGCUGCGGGAACGGGGUGUUGAAAGGUCCUGGGAAGGGUGAGGAGAACUCUCUAUCCCGUGGCUCCAUGGAAGGAUGAAGUGGGAGGGUGUUUGCCAGAGCUCUGCGGGUGCAGACGGUGCCUGCUGAGCCCCUGGGAUCUUUCCUGGAAGGACCAGCUCACCCACGGGAGGCAGGAGCACGGAACAAACCUGGGAGCAGCAUGGGGAACGGGAUUAACUGGGAGAAAAGGGGAUUUUAUUUGGCCUGUUUAUGAUUUUCUGCUUUCAUCGUCUCCCUAUAAAGCAACUGGUAAACUAUAAAGCCAGUUAACAACCCUGACCCUGCUGGAGUGGGAAUACAAGCGGGAAAACUGCCCUGGGAGUGUGCCCAGCGCUCUGGCGGGUGUGGGGGCUGUGUGUGCAGCCCCAUCCCUCCUCCAUCCAUCCAUCCAUUCAUCAUCCAUCCAUCCGUCCAUCCAUCCAUCCGUCCAUCCACCUUCCACAUUGUUCAUCCCACAGUGUGCUCAGCCCUGUCCCUGCCAGCGAGGGGAAAUCCCUGCCCUGGAGAGCAGAAGCUGCUCCUGAGCUCAUGUGCUGAGAGCUCCUAAAGCAGGACCUGGACCCAGCCUCACCAGGUGUCCUGGUUUAUUCCUCCUUUGGAAAAACGUCAAUACUGCAGAUGCCAACGCUCCGGUGAGCAGCGACAGCCACGGGGGACAGCGGUGGAGCCCAUGGAAUAGAGGAGCAGAGCCCCCCGCGCGGUGUCUCCGAGCAGGAGCCGGACAUGCCAGAGCCAGCCCCGCUCGGCGGGGACAGGAAAGCGGCGGAGAAGAAGCGGGUGGAGAAGGUGGGAGCCAAGGGCAGCGCUGCCGGGCCUCCAGUCCCCAGAACCCUCCCCGUGCAGAGCAAGGUGGAGCCGCCCAGCCUGGACCCUGCGGAGGAGCCGCUGCUCUGGGAAGGGCUCACCCUCAACAAGUGCAUCCUGGUGGCCUCCGUGGUCGCCCUGCUCAGCGUCACCUUCCAGGUGCUCCAAGCGCCAUGCUCCAAGGAGGGAAUCGCCCGCGGCCGGCAGGAACCUCCGCCCCCUCCCAUUCCCGAGGUCGUCAGCCCCAAGGUGGAGGAGAUCCCAGAGGUGGUGACGGCCCAGCCUGCGCCGCCGUCGCCGGAGAGCAGCGCGGUGGAGGAUGAUGGUGAUGACGAAGACGGUGACGAUGACAGCGAAGCUGACAGCAACCUGGCAGAACCCUGGAUCUUCAAGAAGUGGUUUGGCCGCACAAUACCAGAGGAUGCGGACAAGGAUGAGGACAAGGAUGAGGAUGAGGACAAGGACGAAGAACCUGCAGAUGUCCCCGAGGUGCCAGUGGCUGUGAUGGAGGGGAAGAAGAGCCAGGAGAAGCAGAAGAAGGUGGAGAAGGAGGAGGAGGAGGAAGAAGAAGAAAAAGAGGAGAAGGAGGAGGAAGAAGAGGAAGAGGAGGAGGAGGAGGAGAAGAAGAAGAAGGAGAAGAAGGAGAAAGCCCGGGAAGGCCGUGCUGUCCGUGCGGAGCGGAGCAGCCGGAGGGACGCACGAGCCAAGGACAGGACACCGUGGGACAAACCCGGCAGAGCCCCCAGGGCCCCCAGGGAACCGGAGCAGCAAGCCCAGAAGAAGCGGGACCGGGAGAGGAAGGAGAGGAAGGAGAGACGGCGGGAGCGGGAUGAGUCCAGGCGGGAGGGGUGGAAGGGCCGUCCCGGCAGGGCUGAGGGCGGCCGGGAGAGCCCGAGGCGGGACUGGAGGCUGCAGAAGGGCAGGAAGCCCUGGGAGCCGGCGCCGGGCAGGGACGGCAGGGCCAGGGAGGGCAAGAGGCGCGACUGAGGCCGGGCCGGGGCGGGGCUCGAUGACGCUGGAUCCAGGGGGAUCCAAUCCCACCACUGCCCCGGCGAGGGACCCCCGCCCCUGCCUGCCCUCCAGAGACACCCCCGGGCACGGGCAGCACCCCAGGACCCCCGAGCAGCAGCAGAGCGGCCCAGGAGCCUGGCACGAACCUCCCCGGGGACUUUGCCCCCCCCGGAUCAGAUGCACAAAGGCGACCUGAAAGGACUCAUGGAAGGAGCUUCUUUGGGCCUCGCUACUUCUCCAUCCCCACCCCAAAUCCCUCUGCACCCCAAAUCCAUCUCCACUCGUGGUUCCGGGGAUCCCAGUGAACAGAGUUGUGUUCAGACUGUGCAGCUCUUGGGUUAAUGGUUUUAUUGAAAGCAAAUCAAGAGAGAAGAAUAUUCUGGGUUACAGAACUAGGCUGCAGCCAUCCUCAGAGGGACAGCAGGGACAGACCCCCGACCUCACCGAGCCCGGUGGGGUGGCACAGAACGUGCUGGUGACAGAGCAGGGCUGGAGCCCUUCACCCGGGGAUCCCUGCGGGCUUCGCCUUUUCCGAGUCACUUUUAGGAAGGAAACACAAGAGCAGUAUCACACAGCCAGAGACGUUCACAGCCCCGACUCAUGGCAGGUUUCAGUAUUUGCUAAAUCAACAGUGGUUAAAAUAAACUAUUUUCGUUUUUAA